AACACCACAGUGUAUGUGGAUGUGGUACUGAAGGAUGGGAUGUUUAUGUACAAAUGUCAAGAAUGUGAUUAUAUCACAAACAAGAAGACCAAUUAUUACAAGCACAGGAAAAUACAUAUGACCUCCCGGCCCCAUGUCUGCCAGCACUGCAACUACAAGACAUCCACCAGCAGCAACCUGAAGCGCCAUAUGUCCCAGCACACUAACGAGAGGAAUUUUAAGUGUACGCAGUGUGGCCUGGCUUUCAGGCAGAAGAUCCACUUAGAGAGACACAUCAAGUACAGGCAUGAGGAAAAGAAAGUCACCUGCCCGUACUGUGAUUACACCUGUGCUAACGAGAACCCCGACCUGAAACAGCACAUCAAACGCAGGCACGAAGCAAAGGACGAAGUGGAAGGCACUUUCAUCUGUCACAUAUGUAAUUUCACCACCAGUAAAAGGAAAGAUUUAAAGCAGCAUAUGAAAUUUCACAAGAAAGGCCCAGAGCUGAAGUUCUACUGUUCCCAUUGCUCCUUUGUUACUGAAGCACAAAGCCGUUUGUUUCGCCAUGAGUUGACUCACACCAAGGAGAAACCUUAUGCCUGUGGGUUGUGUGAGUAUCGUGCCACUCAGCGAGAACAUGUGUAUCGCCACAUGCGGUCUAAGCACAACAUCAGUGUAGCAGUGAAAUCUAGGAAGAAGUCAAUCAGUGGAUUAGAACUUGAUCCUAGCCAGAGCCAGCAGCCCUCUGCUUCAGAUCCACAAGCAGAUCUGCAAGCAGCUCCACAAUUAGAUCCACAAGCAGAUCUGCAAGCAGAUCCACAGGCAAAAACACAAGCAGAUCAACAGGCAGAAACACAAGCAGAAACACAGGCAGAAAUACAGGCAGAAACACAAGUAGAUCAACAGGCAGAAACACAGGCCACUAGUGAUAAAAUCAAACCCCAGGUGGAGACAGUGAAUGAGGUCCCACCAGACAGCCUUGAAGCCAAGCCAGAUUUGAAUGCCAGUCUCGAUGGCAAGCCACGCAAGAAGUACGACCCUCCAGACUACAGUAAUGCUGAUAAGCUUUUUGCUUGCAGCUACUGCACCAUGAGCUUUGCCAAGCUGUUAAACUUGUACAAGCAUGUCCACUCCAUGCAUGGGGAGGUUCACCCCCAGGAUGAAGAAGGUGUGUAUUCCUGUGUCAUAUGUGAUUUCAGAACUUCCAAGAAGAACAAUCUUCUCAUUCACAUGCGCAAACACAAUGUAAUGGAUACAGAAGAAGAUGAUGACCCCUACACCUCGUAUGCCUGCAUGUUGUGCGAGUACCGCAACAAGCAACGCAGGAAUUUGUUCAACCACAUGAAGAAGAAACACAAGAUCUCUAUAUUUCUGAAGAAAGAUGGUACUGCAAGCUGUGUGGUGGAGGACUCCAGCUGUAUCACCAUAGUCCAAAGAGACGAAGAAGGCACUUCAGGGGAAAAUGUUGCCAUUGAAAGAGACCCUAUUACCAAUAAAGAGAAGAGUGUCAAACUGACUGACCUAGCCCGAUCGCUCAUGAGUAAGCAGAAAGUGUCAGGUGUUAUUAGCAACUCUCCAAAUAUCCUAGGAAGAAAUAGCCAUACUGUGAGCCAGUUCGUCUCCUUGUCACCCUAUGAUAGUAAUGUGGUCCACCAUGAGGCAGUGGAAGCAAUCCAGGGUCUCCAGGCUCUGGCAGGGGAUGUGGUCAUCGAGUCUGAUGGCACCCUGAGUGCUGCUCCCCCUAUG